UAGUCACACUUUGCGCAGGACGUGCCUGUGUCAGGGUGAACACCGUUAUCUCUCACCGGGAGCAGCCUCACCAUAAAGGAACCACGCCUCGCAGAACUCAAACUCCCGGAGCUCAGCCUGAACUUCACAUCCACUGGAGAGUUUUUAUUUCAUUAUUUCUUUUUUUAAUACCGCGAGAGCGCACAUAUCGAGCCUGCAGGGCUUUCCGGACGGUCACGCGCACUCUGUCCGGGAAACACACGCACAAUAACAGACAUGGAGUACCUCAAGUUUUGUUUUGUGUUUUCAUGCUGGGUGAAGUUAGCACUUUCUGUCUUCUCUACUGAUGCUCCUCAACCUCUUGCGGCUAUUCCUAAAGAGAAAUUGCUGGUUCUAACAGUCGCAACAGAGGAAACAGACGGAUUCCUCCGCUUCAUGAAGUCUGCAAACUACUUCAAGUACAAUGUGAAGGUGUUGGGAAUGGGAGAGCCGUGGAAAGGUGGAGACGUGGGCCGUUCUAUUGGUGGAGGGCAAAAAGUCAGACUACUGAAGGAGGCCAUGGAGGCGCUCGCUGACCAGGAGGAUCUGGUUGUCCUUACCGUGGACAGCUAUGAUCUUAUCUUUGCUGCGGGACCAGAAGAGAUUCUCAGGAAGUUCCAGCAGGCCAAUCACAAAGUGCUCUUCGCUGCAGACGGGCUGAUCUGGCCGGAUAAGAAGCUAGCUGACAAGUACCCGUCAGUCCGCAGUGGAAAGCGCUACCUCAACUCUGGAGGCAUAAUUGGAUACGCCCCGUUUAUAAACAAGGUUGUUACACAGUGGAACCUCCAUGAUAAUGAUGACGACCAGCUCUUCUACACCAAAAUAUACGUGGAUCCUUUACAGCGACACACUCUCAAUAUGACUUUGGACCACAAGUGCCAGAUUUUCCAGAACCUGAACGGGGCCGUUGACGAAGUGCUUCUCAAGUUUGGAACAAACCUCGUAAGAGUUAGAAACACCGUGUACGACUCUCUGCCAGUGGUUGUCCAUGGAAACGGAAAUACUAAAAUAUACUUGAACCACUUGGCCAACUACGUCCCCAACACAUGGAACUAUGAGCAUGGCUGCAGCCACUGUGACGACGACAUUCUGGAUUUAUCUCAGUUAAAAGAGUAUCCGAAUGUUUUGGUUGGAGUGUUCAUCGAGCAGCCGACCCCGUUCCUUCCUGAGUUCUUCCACCGGCUGCUGACACUGGACUACCCCAAAGAUAAACUCAAAGUCUUUGUCCACAACAAUGAGGUUUACCACGAGAAGCACAUCCAGAAGUUCUGGGAAGAGAACCGGAAUGUGUUCAACACUUUCAAGGUUGUGGGACCGGAGGAAAAUCUGAGCCAAGGAGAGGCCAGGAACAUGGGCAUGGAUAUUUGCCGUAAGGAUGUUACGUGCGACUUCUACUUCAGCAUGGAUUCAGACGUGAUGCUCACCAACAGACAGACACUGAAGCUCCUCGUGGAGCAGAACAGGAAAAUAAUUGGUCCCCUUGUCACCCGCCACGGCAAGCUGUGGUCCAACUUCUGGGGAGGCUUGAGUCUGGAUGGUUAUUACGCUCGCUCCGAAGAUUACAUCGACAUUGUGCAGAGAAAACGUGUGGGUUUGUGGAACAUUCCUUUCAUGGCCCAUGUAUACCUCGUCAAAGGCAGCACCUUGAGGAAUGAACUGAAGGAGAAGAACUACUUUGUGCUGGGGAAACUAGACCCAGAUAUGGCUCUUUGUAGAAAUUCCAGAGAAAUGACCAGUCACAGAGAAAAAGACUCCCCUUCUCCGGAAUCAUUCCAUAUGCUCAGGCCCCCAAAGGGAGUCUUCAUGUACAUAACAAACCGUCACGACUUUGGGAGGCUCAUUUCCACAGCCAAUUAUAACACUUCUCAUUAUAACAAUGACUUGUGGCAGAUAUUUGAAAACCCCACGGACUGGAAGGAGAAGUACAUCCACUCGAACUACUCUCGAAUUUUCACUGAGAACGUCAUGGAGGAGCCUUGCCCAGAUGUCUUCUGGUUCCCAGUCUUCUCACAGAAGGCCUGUGAUGAAAUCGUGGAGGAGAUGGAGCACUACGGUUCUUGGUCGGGGGGAAAAAAUGAGGACAAGCGCAUCUCCGGAGGCUACGAGACGGUGCCGACGGACGACAUCCACAUGAAGCAGGUCGGCUACGAGAAAGAGUGGCUGCACUUCAUCCGGGAGUUCAUAUCGCCCGUCACGUUAAAGGUGUUCUCCGGCUACUUCACUAAGGGAUACGCUGUGAUGAACUUCGUGGUGAAAUACACACCUGAGAGGCAGGCGUACCUGAGGCCCCAUCACGACUCCUCCACCUUCACCAUCAACAUCGCCCUCAAUGCCAAAGACACAGACUUUCAGGGUGGGGGUUGCCGUUUCCACAGGUACAACUGCUCCGUAGCUUCAUCCAGGAAAGGGUGGAGCCUCAUGCACCCGGGGCGCCUGACCCACCUCCACGAAGGCCUGCACACCACCAACGGCACCCGCUACAUCGCAGUGUCCUUCAUCGACCCUUGAACUGACCCUCUACUGUACAUUUGACCGUGCUUUGCUUUUUUUUCUGUCAUGUUUGUUUUGUCCUUUGAUGUUUCGUGCCCUGGAUGUUUGGCUGAUGAUAUUCUAUUUAAGAAAGCAAAAAGCUUUUAAAAAAAGGAAUAAGUAAUUGCAUUACAGGAAUCUCUGUCAAACAGAGUGGCGAGUGGAAAGGAGAGAAAACCAACACCUCAGAUACACAAGUGAUAGAGAUUGAAAUACCGUUUCUACGCUCCCAUUUCCAUUCAAACCAUACCUUUUUUAGAUUCAAAACCAACUUCCUAGCUGGAUGUGUUGGUCCUUGUCAUGAUUUUCACAAUAUUAACAUUGUCAUGGUAACCGUCAUUGCCACACACUGGUUGAUAGCAGCUAGCUGUACCGUGCUAACAUGCAUAUAGCUGUUUGUAUUUGAGGUAAAAAGUCGUAAAGGUCCCAUGUCAUGCUUUUCUGGUUAUCACCCGUCCCCUUGUGUGUUAUGAAGGUUUGUCUGCAUGUAAACGGUCUGCAGAGUCACAAACCCUCAAAGUACACCCUGUAGCGAGUAAAACUCUAACACAGAAAAGACCUGUCUCUGCUGCCCCAGAACGCCUCGUUGGAGAUUUCUCUUUUUCUUCCUGGGUACAGUGACGUGCCCAUACCCAAAUGGACCCAUUGGUCCAAAUUGACCAAUCCGUCCAACAAGCCGUUUAGGACAGAGAGUGAAUACACAUACUUUACAGAGAUGCUGUAUGAGAAACCAAUGUGAGUUUGGAACAUUGCACAAUAUACAUUUAUUUCAGUAGACCUCAACAAUGGAAUUAUGAUCAGUAGAAAUGGCCAUGACAUGGGACCUUUAAAAGAAAAUGACGACUGGUGCUUAUCAACCCUCCAUUUCUCUGCUUUUGAUAUUUCUAAAAGUGUUUUUCUACCCUAAAACUGUUCAGGUCACAAUUGUGAUUUUAACUUUAAAGUUGCAUACGUACCACCAGUGGAAAAUGAAUCUAUUUUUGGAUUUUUGCACACCAGAAAAAAACAGCAGAGUUCAAUAUGAAUUCUGUUUUAUUGAAGUUCAGCGUUUUGUUUUUACUUGAAAGGUUUUUUUUUUGUAAAUUUGCAACAGCUUUUCUAAAGACAUUUCUGCAUUAUUUUUCUGAGAGAUAUGUGUGAAUGGUUUUUGAAAUUUAGCAAGUUGUUUAACUUAUUGUCAAAAUGUAAUAAAAGUCUUUAUAAAAAAUGAAA